AUGUUUCAACACCCAAGCACAGCAGUUAUUGAUUUUGGUUCCUCAUCAAUUAAAAGUGGAAUUGGAGGUGAUGAUUUACCCGCUUCAAUUAUUGCCAAAAAAUCAACAAAAAUUCAAAGAAUUCGGAGCAAGUUUUUAUCAUUGAAUCUUGAAGAUAUUGAUGGUGAUCUAAAGUUUCCGAUAGAGAGAGGAGGACAGAUAUCUAAUUUCAAUGAUCUGGAGGCAAUGUUGCAGUUUAUUAUUUCAAACGAAUUGAAAGAUUAUCUCGUUGAGUUGACUAGCCCAAUAAUGAUUGUUUAUAAUUCUGUAACGACUGUGAAAAGGAAUCGAGUGAAAAUUGCUGAAAUGUUAUUUGAAAAAUUGCAGAGUCCAAUAAUUUGUUUGGUCGAUCGAUCUCUUUCAUCACUUUUAGCAAUUGGAAGGACAACUGGUUUGGUGUUGAAAAGUGGAGAUGGACUCACUCAAUCAGCACCAUUUUGUGAUGGACAGUUAAUAUCUCAAUACUGUUAUAAGUUGGAAUUUGGUGGAAGGGAUUUAACUGAAUAUAUGGGAAAAUUAAUUCAUGAUGAUUUGGGAUUCACAAUUGAUAAGGCAAGUGGAAUUGAACACCACUUUAAAGAAAUUAAGGAAAAAUUGUGUGAAAUUUCCAUGGAUUAUCCAUUGGAAAAUCAGAGAAUUGAUAUUUGUAAGAAGGUUUAUCAAGUUGGAGAUCAAACAAUUACACUUGGUCUUGAACAAUUCAAAUGUCCAGAAAUUCUCUUUCGUCCUUCACUAAUCAACAAACCAGAACAACCUUCCAUUCACGAACUAAUUCUCAAAUCUGUCAAUAAUCUGGAACCCAUUUUCAAAAGAGAUUGUCUAGAUAAUAUGAUUCUUUCAGGAGGUAAUACUCUCAUUCCAAAUUUCUCUGAACGACUUGUCCAAGAGUUGAAUUCCUCUCAGAGUUCAGAUUACAAAUAUAAGUUUAGAGUGAUUAGUCCACCAGAGAGAGAAUAUUCCUCAUGGAUUGGAGGUUCUAUAUUGUCGUGUCUACAUCAUGUGGAUAAUAUCUCAAUUAAGAAAUCAGAAUUUGAAGAAAUUGGUGAAAGUAUCGUUCAUAGAAAGCAUUUGUAA